UAGUCCACUAACUCCUCCUCCUACAACCCCCCUCCACACACACACACACACACACACACACACACACACACACAACGCCUCAGUCCUGCUCCCAUCACCAUCCACAUUAUCAUCCACCCAGCACCUUCAUCAUGUCAGUCGCGCCCUUCCUCCUAGCCCGCCCCAUCUACUCUGUCAACAACGUGAUUACUGUGUCCUUCCUGACUAGAAACUCCAGUAUUUUGAAGAGUAUUGUAGAGAUCGUUAUGCCAGUCACUAUAUUUCUUGAUAACUACGUGGAACAGGUGUACUAUAUGAAGAAGGGAGACAGCAUCCCCAGCAGCAGGAGCCUGGGGAAAGAGCAGUUUGGGGCGUAUGGUAUGAUCGCGGGUCGCCUCGCCAGCCAGUUCGGGGUGGACGGGCAGGCGUGUGUGCAGCGGUUCAUGUGCGAGAUGCAGCAGCGACCGAUAGACAAGCGGACCAUGGUGGGAAAGCUACUCACUCUGCUGCUCACGCCCAGCAUCAAGAACAAGGGAGAGGCUGAUCUACUGACGGACUACUUAACGGCGCGGAAGCUGGGUAAGAGCGGGGCGUAUUGCGAUCAUCACUACUCCGCCUGUCCAAUCAGCGUGUUCCAUUUCUUCGAUAGCGUACGGAACAUCACUGCUGAUUGGUUCUGAUAGGAGGGGAGUAGCGGGUUUCUGUUUCUCCCUCCCGCUCAUUGGAGAUUUAUUUAUAGUACUCAUUUAUUUUAUUUAUUUAUUGUUUAUAUUUUGAUGUUUUUUUUUCUCUUCGUUUCUCUCGGACCUUUUUUUAUCCCUUAUUUUUUUUUUUAUCAAGUUAUUUCUUUCCGCUAGAAACCUUUUUUCUUCUUUUGAGGCUGGUAAGGUUACGUCACAUUUUCUUUCUUUAUAAUAAAAGCUAUUACCUUUUCUCCUCUACGUUAGGACAUGCAGGAUUCUCUCUCUCUCCUUAGAAUCUAGUCUUUGCUGCUUAGGUUAGGGAAGAUUCUCUCUCUCUCUCUCUCUCUCUCUCUCUCCUUAUAAACUUGUUAUUUUUGCUCGGUUACAAACUCUUCUGCAUCUUGGUUAGGUUAGGUCAAAGUAACGCAAUUUUUUCCUCACCAUUUCUAGUUUAAAGUUAAGUCAUUAUCUCAUCCCCCCCUUGGCAAUUUUGUAACUUAUACUGUGUUAAGAUUGUCUAACCUUUCCCUUUUAACCUCAAAGUACACUGGUCAGUCUUAUGUAAGGUUAUGUACGGUUAACCUGAACCAAAAACUUGCUGUCAUGUUGGUUGUGUCUAACUCAUUGUUCCCGUGAGUAUGCAAGUGUUAGGUUACGGUUGGCGCAGUUCAGUAGCUCGUGUGUCUUGUAUGUGGUGCUGAAUGUGAUGUCUUAAGCUAACAUUGACAUUAAAGACAGUAGGAAUGUUCAA